CAUACGACGUCGUCGUAAGCAUGUACUUCAGCAAUUUUUAUUUUAUUUUAUUUUAUUUUUUAGAAAAAUUCCAGCGCAAGUCCUUUCCCUUCCCCAACAAGGAGUUUCGUCGUACGACGUCGUCGUAGUAACCCCCCACCCAUUUUUCGGCGACCCGUAUAUAAAGCCCCCACAUGCGUUUCCUCUUUAAUGACACUCUCUGCAGAUUUGGUGCGAUUCUCUCCACUAAAUUAAUUCUCUCGUUUGUUUGAUUAUCGAUGCUGAUAACAGAUUCUCCGGACUUCAUCGGCUCGUCUUCCGGUGGCAGAUCGCCGGACGUCUCCGCCAUGCUCGCCGGAGGCUUCGAUCAGGAUCCGCGUGCUCUAGAUUUGAAGAAUAUUAAGGUGAUAUCGGCGCUCGGUCGCGGCGCAAAAGGCGUGGUUUUCCUCGUGAAAACUGCGAAUGGUGAACUGCUCGCGCUCAAGGCAAUUUUGAGAUCUUCUGUGGAGAAGAAGCUCGAAAGCUCCAGCCACGGCAAUGAGUACCGGCGAGUUCGGUUUGAAAGAGACGUGCUCGCCUCUUUCAAUCAUCCACUGUUACCGAAGCUUCACGGAGUUUUGGAAACAGAGAAGCUUGUUGGAUACGCUAUUGAUUAUUGCUCCGGUCGCGAUCUCAAUUAUCUGCGGAAGAAACAAACUGAAAAAAUGUUUUCCGACGAUAUCAUCAGAUUUUACGCGGCGGAAUUGGUGUUGGCAUUAGAGUAUCUUCACAAUUCUGGCAUCGUUUACAGAGAUUUGAAGCCGGAAAAUGUGAUGAUUCAGGAGAACGGUCACUUAAUGUUGGUAGAUUUCGACCUCUCAACGAAACUCUCCUCAAAAUCGCCUGAAAACCGUCCGAUUUCAUUCCCCCAACCGAAGCCUCAAAUCAAUCCGAAGAAGAAGAAGAAGAAGAAGAAACAGAAACACGGUUGUUUCUUCCAGCACCGCGACUCAGAAAUAUCUCCCGACGACUCGGUCCAACUCGGAGAAGAGCUCAGAAUCGACUCACUGAGUUCCAGAUCCGAUUCCGUCGAGAAAUCCAACUCGUUCGUGGGCACGGAGGAGUACGUCGCGCCGGAGGUCAUCCUCGGCCACGGCCACGACUUCUCCGUCGACUGGUGGUGCUUGGGCGUUAUGCUCUAUGAAAUGCUGUACGGUACGACGCCGUUUCGAGGCGCUAACAGGAAGGAAACCUUCUACCGAGUCAUCUCCAAGACUCCGGAUUUGACGGGCGAGUUGACGCCGUUGAGGGACUUAAUUGGAAAAUUACUCGACAAGGACCCGCGGAGGAGGAUUUCCGUCCGUGAGAUCAAGAGUCAUUGUUUCUUCGCAGCCGUUGAUUGGGACGCAAUUACCGAAAUGCCCCGACCGCCGUUCAUCCCCGAAUUGACGGACGUUGAGGGCAUGGAAGGAAAUAAGGAUAUUGACGUGGAGAAUUACGUCCAAAGAGUGUUCAAAAACGGACAAGAAAAAAUUGACAACACUAAUUUCGAGGAGGAGAAGAAGAUGAAGAAUAGCAAUAAACAUGCCUGGGUCAACGGUCAAAAUCACCCAACGAAAAUCCAUAACGAUAAUUUCUUGAUUUUUUGAACUCCUAAUGAAAUUUUGAGAUAUAAAAAUAAAUUAACAUAUCCGCCUUUUUUCUUUUUAUUUAUUUUUUGUUUGCACAUUUCAUUUCAUUUGAUUUGCUGGUUUAUCUUUUAGUGAAGCUACAAUGGUGCUUAGUUUUACCUGAGUAUUGUGGCUCAUGAACAUGAUGACAUGUGCGAGGUACCUAACCUCAAUUUUUAAUGUGACAGACGUUAUUAACACUGGACCACUUAUAAUAGUUUGAUGUUAUUCAAUAAA